AUGCAUUUGGCCAUUCUUCUUCCAGUGCUUGCUGCGGCGGCUGUGCAUGGCCAAGGGAAAGGGCUCGGCUGCCCGCCGCCAGCACCCAUCCUGCUGAGCACGACCAAGAGUGGUGUGCUGCCGGUGCUGCCGACGCCGUUCUCCGGUGUUGAGACCCUCGAGGGCGCGAUCAUGGAGAAGGGCCCUCCAAACCCUGACUACACACCCGUCAAUGGACCUGCGCCAACUCAGAGCAACCCGGCGGGAGCCACGUACCGGGCUGACCUGCCUUCCACGAACUUCGACGACUGCACCGGCUCGACCGUCACUGGCUCCAUCACCGUCUCCUCGUCCUCGGACGGCAACGGCGCAGCCAUCAGCGUAAACUUUGAAGGCCUUCCGGAUGUCGCGACGUAUGGUCCGUUUGUGUACCACAUCCACGACCUUCCAGUCCCAGCAGACGGGGACUGCACGGCCACGCUCGGCCACCUCGACCCACAGAACGGCGGCGAAUACUACCCCUGCAUCCCGAGCACGCCGGAGAACUGCCAAGUCGGUGACCUCGCCGGCAAGUAUGGCUCGAUCAGCACCAGCUCCUUCUCGCUCGACGUCACCGAUCCAUUCCUGUCCACUGCAGCCGGCAAUCCAGCGUCCGUGGCUGGUCGCUCGAUCGUGAUUCACUCUUCGAACACGACUCGCUUGACUUGCGCCAACUUCCAGAUGGUGUCUGGUGGAAGCAACAUGACGAUGCCGAAUGCCACAGUGCCUGCGUCUCCGUCUGCAUCAUCGGUGGUGCCGGCGACUGGUGUCGGUGCUGUGGCGGGCUACAGCUUCGCUGCGGUCGUGGCUGGUGUUGCUGCUUUCUUCUUGUAG